AUGAGAUUUGGAAAGAAAGGCAAGCUGGGCCCUAGAUAUAUCAGACCUUUCGAGAUUCUUGAUCGAAUUGGACCUUUGGCUUAUAGGGUAGCACUUCCACCGGUACUUGCAGGGGUGCACAAUGUAUUUCAUAUUUCUAUGUUGAGGAAGUACGUCCCCGACCCCACCCACAUUAUUGACUAUGAGCCUCUUCAGAUUCAGGAAGAUAUGACAUAUGCGAGAGAACCAGUACGAAUUUUAGAAAAGAAAGAACAAGUGUUACAGACUCAAACUAUUCCUCUAGUUAAGGUAUUGUGGAAUAAUCAUGCUACUAAUGAAGCUUCUUGGGAAUUGGAAGAAGAGAUGUGA